UAACAGCUUUAUUCGGUGACAAAGCAACCUUCAUUGACACAAGUAAGACGCCCAUCUUUGAGUGGGAAGUUGCAAUUCUAUUUAUCCAUCUUUGAGUCGACAAAGUAGUGCUUGUGUCAAUGAUAUUUCAAAUGUUGCAACAGUCACCAGGAGAUAGACAAGAAUAUCAUUCAGGAAUAUAAAUUCCUUACACUUCAAUUUGUUGUUAAGCUUCGAACACAAGGAUAACAGCUUUAUUCGAUGACAAAGCAACCUUCAUUGACACAAGUAAGACGCCCAUCUUUGAGUGGGAAGUUGCAAUUCUAUUUAUCCAUCUUUGAGUGGACAAAGUAGUGCUUGUGUCAAUGAUAUUUCAAAUGUUGCAACAAGAAGAUUUUUCAGAAAUAUAAUUUCCUUACACUUCAAUUUGUCGUUAAGCUUCGAACACAAGGAUAACAGCUUUAUUCGGUGACAAAGCAACCUUCAUUGACACAAGUAAGACGCCCAUCUUUGAGUGGGAAGUUGCAAUUCUAUUUAUCCAUCUUUGAGUCGACAAAGUAGUGCUUGUGUCAAUGAUAUUUCAAAUGUUGCAACAGUCACCAGGAGAUAAACAAGAAUAUCAUUCAGGAAUAUAAUUUCCUUACACUUCAAUUUGUUGUUAAGCUUCGAACACAAGGAUAACAGCUUUAUUCGAUGACAAAGCAACCUUCAUUGACACAAGUAAGACGCCCAUCUUUGAGUGGGAAGUUGCAAUUCUAUUUAUCCAUCUUUGAGUGGACAAAGUAGUGCUUGUGUCAAUGAUAUUUCAAAUGUUGCAACAAGAAGAUUUUUCAGAAAUAUAAUUUCCUUACACUUCAAUUUGUCGUUAAGCUUCGAACACAAGGAUAACAGCUUUAUUCGGUGACAAAGCAACCUUCAUUGACACAAGUAAGACGCCCAUCUUUGAGUGGGAAGUUGCAAUUCUAUUUAUCCAUCUUUGAGUCGACAAAGUAGUGCUUGUGUCAAUGAUAUUUCAAAUGUUGCAACAGUCACCAGGAGAUAAACAAGAAUAUCAUUCAGGAAUAUAAUUUCCUUACACUUCAAUUUGUUGUUAAGCUUCGAACACAAGGAUAACAGCUUUAUUCGAUGACAAAGCAACCUUCAUUGACACAAGUAAGACGCCCAUCUUUGAGUGGGAAGUUGCAAUUCUAUUUAUCCAUCUUUGAGUGGACAAAGUAGUGCUUGUGUCAAUGAUAUUUCAAAUGUUGCAACAGUCACCAGGAGAUAAACAAGAAUACUAGUCAGGAAUAUAAUAAUUAUUUCUUUACACUUCAAUUUGUUGUUAAGCUUUGAAAACAAGGAUAAAAGCUUUAUUCGAUGACAAAGCAGCCUUCACUGACUCAAGUAAGGUGCCCAUCUUUAAGUGGGAAGUUGGAAUUAUUCUAUUUAUCCUUCUUUGAGUGGGCAAAAUGGUGCGUGUGUUAAUGAUACUUUUAAUUUUUACAAAUGCCACAAGGAGAUCAACUUGAUGAUUACACAGUUUUUUUAUAUUGUUACACUUUAAUUUUGUUUUGUGCCUCAAGCACUUGGAUAACGGCUUUAUUCGAUGAUAAAAGCAACCGUCAUUUUUUAAAUAUUUUUCAUUGUUAUGCACUACUAGAAAACUGCCUGAUUUUAAGCUCUCUAGUUUUUUUAGAACGAGGCUGUUACGAUACAUGUAAUACAUGUAUUAUUAUUUUGAUAUAAAUAUUUGACAUUUUUUUUUGUCUUUAUUUCUUUGAGGUAUACUGAUGUGGAGAACAAAAACAUUGAGGGUAUUUUGGUUAAUGAAGUGAGGGGGAAUUUUGGGUAAAAGAAAUGGCCCAAAACAGAGAUAAAAGGUAAGUUGUACACUUUUCUAAGUUUCUUGAAUUUCUUACAGUGAAACCCCGCCUUACAGCCACCUCGGUAAUACAGUCACCUUGUUAUUACAGCCACUUUUUUUGGCCGCCUGGCAAAAACCACCAUACAUUUUCUUGUAAACAAACCCUCAUUAAUACCGUCACCCCAUUAAUACGGCAAAACUUUUUUGGCCCAUUGAUGACCAUGUUAACGGGGUUCCACUGUAGUUUCUUGGUGUUGCCGACAAGUGUAAUCCCCUAAUGACAUAAAUACAAAAGAUGGAAAAGCCACUAAAUAAUACCCACACCAAAAACAGGAGCAAACCACAAUACUUUUAGCAACACCAAGAAGCACUCUUAAUUCCUUUUCUACAGACCUGCACAUUUAACAUGCUUUCCUUUUGCUAGGGGCCAUUUUUCAGCACUGGAGUCAGAGAAGUACCCAUGCAGAUGUGGUAAGGCAGUAAAAUGGAAAACUUGAAGAACACAGAGUUCAGACAAGAUUCCAAUUUGAGAGCUAAAAAGGUAGGUAAAAUACAUGUACAUUAUUUUGUUAAUGCUUGCAGUGCAAAUAUUUUUACUGUGUAGUUUAAGUCAUCCACUUAGUGAUUUAUUUAGCCUGUCCUGCAACAGAGCUGUUUUUGGCAGUGCCUGGUGGCCCCUGUUGCAUUACUGUUGCUCUUGGGCGACAAGGAAGUCUUAGUUUGUUCAAACACAUUCAUCCUGGGUACCUGGAUCUUUCAGGUUAAGGGCACAAGGCUCUUUCAUUUUUUUAAGAACACAACACAUGUUUUGCACGUUUGUAUUAUGCAUACAUAAUUAAUGAUUGUUAUAGAAUGCACUAGGGCCACACCCUACCCCCUUUGACAUUUUUAAUGUUAACAGUGUCCUUUCCAUUUAUAUGCAAGGUUUGAUUGUAGUGUAAAUUGCUCAGAGUAAAGAGCAAGAACCAAAUCUAAAGAUUCAAAAUAGUUAGGGUGACUAUUUUACCAGACUAAACUGUUACUGAAGAACGUAAAUGUUAAUUAAAUGUUUAUCAUAGUAGUCAUGCCACUGUGACUAAAUAAGUUUUUUUGGUGUUCAGAAAUUGACGAAUCACACAGAGGUGUUGGACAAGGCACAACUUUCUCCAGAUGACAAAGCCAAAAUAAAGGCUUUAUUAGACCUACACAAUGCUAUCCAAUUUAUGUCUUUGGAGGAGAGUGAAGACAAUGAAGAGAGGGCCAAUGAUCCACAACCCAGGUACAUCAGGCCACUAUGCUCAGAGAGGUCAAAGCUAAGAAACAUCAAUGCUGUUCUUGACGCCUUUUGUGAGGCUUGCAUGUCAAAGAGGCAAAGAAAGAACAGCCGGGAAAAUAACCAGAGAGGUUGAUAAAUACUUGUCAGACGGACCAGUACCAACUAACUGCCCUUCAUGGGCAGGAUGCCAAUAAUAUCAAAGUAACAAAUUGCUACAGUGAUCGCUACUAUGGCAACUGGGAGUAAUAAGUCCAAAAAUGACGCCGUGUGCGUGAUGUCCAGAAAAAUAAUGAGCUUUAGCCGAAGCACAAAAUGUGAUGGCUUGUACAUGAGUAUAAAAUUCUACUUUCCCCCUAUUUUUCACUGGUUUAAAACCUAGCAUUUUUUUUCUCUUAAUCAAGAAGGUAUUUGACACUUCUAGUUCACUGGGCAAUAAUUCAGUCUUCCCUGCGUUUUACUAACAACGAAACCAAAUGAGCGAAAAGCCCUGUAGUGACUUUUGGGUGCCACUUGCAUAAAGUUGAAAUUUGACGGGCAACAGUAACAUACUCUCUUUAGGACUGUAACCACGACCACCAUAGUAGAGGUCACUGUAGCAAUUUGCUUAAAGUCCCUAAUGUAUUAUUGUGCCUUUAGUCAGGAUGAUCCUGUGAUGAUCAACUCUAACUAAAUUGCACAAUCUUAUUGGAAAGUAGCCUCCCACGCAGUCGUUUUUAGGUGAGCUCGUAUUUCUUCCCUCCCCACAAACGCCUGCUCAACUGAAGACAACAUUCCUUUCCCAAGCUUAGCCAAUCACAUUGUACUUUCCAAAUUCUGGAAAGUUGACCUUGACCGCAAGGUAAUCUGAUAAUUACUCGAUCUGCAUUAAACACUGGGAAAGCUUUCUGACCUGCAAUAAAUGUUAGAUUCAGAGCGGCAAAAAUAAGAUUUAGUCAAAAUUCAGAAUACUCCGUGCACUGCAUAACCUUAGUGAAGGAAAGAAAAGAAGGAAAACGGUAACUCUAGGGUCACGUUCACUCGUGUUUAGCCUGUCAACACUUUAUUGCACAAUUGUUGAUUGGUCACUUACCACGCAAAUAAAACAAUGAGAAAGGAAUGUUGUUUUCCGUUGAGCAGGCGUUUGUGGGGAGGGAAGAAAUACGAGCUCCCUAAAAACGCCUGCGUGGGAGGGUAAUUGGAAAGGUGAUAAGAGUUUUAUUCUAAAAGUCAAUCUUUACUCGACUGUGUUCAUUAAAAUUGCUGAAAUUACAGGACAGUCAAUGGAUUAUCCUAAAACUAUAAAACAGGGAGUGUAAGAUAGAUGCAUUGUGAAAGUGAGUCGCUUGUUAAAAGUGUGCAGUUUGUCAUUACUAUUCAAACUCAGAUGUAGGCAAAUUCUCGUAGACUACUUUGUAUGCCACAGCCAGGUCCAAGUUGUAGCCAUGCACUUACAGCAGAGUGGCGACAAUAAGUGAGAUACAUGUGUAGAGAUGUUGGCUUAUACAUUUGUAUAUAAAGCCUAUGGCUAGUUUUGUUUGCAUCACUAUCGUCGUUGUAGCAUCAGCCUGAUACUCCCCAAUAAUGGCCUCUCAUCAGUUUGUGUAGGCUUUAACAAUAAUUUUUGGGGAUGAUCCACCAAGUACUGGUACUUGCUAAUAAGAAUUAAGGCAGCAGUUUAGAUUUCCUAAUGGGAUUUUAUGCAGUCUUACAUGUAACUAAGUAAGACUUUCAUUCGUAAUAAUAUUAUUUUUCUUAUUAAAUUAUGUAAUAAUUUUGCCGUGAACUACUUCUUUGAGUUAUUUUGGAAUGGAAAUGCACGUUACUUAUAAUAAUGUCAAACCUCUUUAAUACGGACACUAAAGGGACAGAACCAAGUGUCCGCUUUAUAGAGGUGUCUAUAUUACAGAGGUAGGGAUUGCAUGAUUUUUGGCUUUUCUGGGACCAAACGAACUGUCCGUCGUACAGAAGUGUCCAUAAGAAGAGGUUAGACUGUAUAAUUAUUAUGUUAAUCUAAUCAUUUCAAGGAAAAAAUUUUGAAUUUUGUCAAUUCUAAAAGGAUUAUUUAAUAGGCCAUUUCCGAGUUCCCAGGGCCUCUGUUUCAAAACGAGGUUAAGUGCUCAGCCUUUGAUAUGGAAAUCAUUUUUCAUUCUCGUGCAAAUAAAACUCAUUUCACAAGAAAGGUUGCGCACCUCGCCUCAUUUUGAAAGUGAGGGUUUUUGGAACUCGGAAGUGGCCUAUUGAAAUUGAAAAGUUACAGUUUUGGAUUUAGAAAAUAGGAAUACAUUGUAAGGAGUCUCUUUUUAUUGUGAAAAUAUUUAAUAGACAUAUGUACAUAUUAUAUGAAAAUGGAGAUAGAAUUAUUUUAAUAAAAACUUUAAUACCAAAAAUGCACCUAAAUAUGACUCAGCUUGAUUUGUGUGUAUCAGCGAAAAUGGGUCAUUGUGGAUGCAUGAAACGGUCCAGGGUUGUCUCACAAACGUCCACUUUUUUAUAUACCGGAUAGAAUGAACAUAUGAUUCGAAACUGGGUGGUUAAGGAAAGUUAACACAUUUAGGAAAUCCAGUGAAUAAUCCACCGAAAGCGGAAUCUGUGGAAACAUGAAGGCUGCAGAAAGUAAACCGGUCAAACUGAGUUUCCGCAUUCAUUGUUCCGGAAACUCAACGGAUAAUUGAGUAUCCUCUGAAUUUACGAGCUGCGGAAACAUGACGGCAGUUAGCGUUUCCGCAAGAGUAAACCUGACGGAAACGCGAGUAUAAGGGAUGCGUUUAAGCGUGUCCGCAGAAACUGAAACAUGACGGAUACACGUGUUCCCCGUUACAAUUCCGUCCGCGGAUAUUCAGGUUUCCGUUAGAUAACCGUUACAAAAACGGAAACGGAAACACCUUUUUUCAACCUGUGCAGGCUAAAGAACUCCCCAAUAUUAGUUCGACAAUAAAUACCUUAUGUUUUGUUAAUUCAAUAACUGAUAGGUAGGGCCAGUUCUGCUUAUAUACUAGCUUGGCCACUGAGGGAGCGCUUAUUCGGGGAAGAAAUAGGUUCUUCAAAGGAGUACUGAGGAGACAGUAUAUCGUUAAUGAGACACGUGCAUGGUCAUGGCAAAGAACGAAAGGGACUCAGUUACAUUGUUACGUAAGAAAUAACAUUGCUUAACUCGUGGAUACAGAUAAUGGUCUUGCUGUGCACGGUAAAUUUAAAAUUGAGCCGAACGAGUGGCUAAUAAGAAACUGUUCCCUUACGUCAAUGCCGGCGUUUAAUCAAAGGUAAACAAGCGUUCAGAGAAUGAGAGAAGAGAGGAAGUUCCCUUAUAACAUCACUUAAUAUAUUUAAGACGGUGAGCAGCUGGAGGUGAUUGUUAUUCAAGGAGACUCUUAUUUUUCGGUUUGGCAGGCGAAUAUUUAGGGGAAGACGCCUAAUCAACGUGAACGCCUUUUAUUUUUGACAUUUAAGGCGUAAUAGCGUAUAAAUCUCAGAUUGCGAAAAUCUAACUCCGUUCACUGCGUACAAAUCAUGUUUCGAGUCCAUUGCCGUUGGCAUGAAGAUUUGAAAUAAUGAUAAUAAAAUAUAGCAUUGCGAUCUUGUCUCACAGAAUUAUCGGCUCGUCGUAAAAUGUUUUAGUGUGAUUCACGUUGCCUUCUAUAAUCGUACGCAUGAUCUAAAAUGUGUGGUCAAUUUCAUAGGAAUCUACCAUGGUUGACAGCGUUGUUUUCUUCUUAUAGGCGAUCAAGUGAAAAUAUUGCAAACAAUGCCUUGCCUCCAUUACCAGAUGACAUGGAAGAUCAAUUCGAUCCAGAAUCAGAGGAGAGACAACAGAUGCUGAAACCAGAGAUUUACGGUGGCUUGUCGGGGAGUGAGGGCGACAUAGAACUAGAAGAAUUCCAUGGUAAUGAGCAGGCUGUAGCCUUGGAACUGAUGCCUAUUGCUCACUCUACAGAAACGGCCGGAAAUUCAAAGAAGAAAACUACAAUCGUCUGAGACUUGCGCUAAAGUUAAUCUUUUUACUUCCAGAUUCAAUAACAGAGACAUUUUAAAAAUAGUCCCUAGUUUAUCUCUGUUGUAAGAUGCUGUGAUGUGAUCGGCU